CUCCUCGUCCCUUCGAUUCACCUUUUCCAGCAAGCUUUCUAGAUACCCCAUUCUACCUCUCGUGCCUUCUCUCACAAUGUCUGCCAUCAAGUCCAUCCGCAGCAUCGCGCCGCUCCUCGACCGCAUCCUCGUGCAGCGCAUCAAGCCCGAGGCCAAGACCGCAACCGGCAUCUUCCUGCCCGACAGCGCCGUCAAGGAGCUCAACGAGGCCAAGGUGCUCGCCGUCGGCCCCGGCGCCUACGACAAGGAGGGCAAGCGCGUUGCCGUCAGCGUCCAGCCCGGCGACAAGGUCUUGAUUCCCCAGUUUGGCGGCUCGCCCCUCAAGGUCGGCGAGGAGGAGUACUCGCUCUUCCGCGACCACGAGCUGCUCGCCAAGAUCAACGAGUAAAGCAGCCUUUCUCGCCAUGAUCGAUCGACCGGCCUCCUAUCUGCCAUUGUAACCUACUGUACUGUACCACCACCACGCCUGCCCCACAACACCACACCGGCCUCCACAACCGCUCGCUCGACCGCCUAGCAUACCCUUCGGCGUUCAUCGGCAGCACGGGAGGGAUCGGCUGGGGUAUGGGCAUUGUAUUUGACUUGAGUCUUUGAAGCGACAUCUUCCGUUCUCCACGUGUAGUUACGACUAAAGAUAGCUGGGGACGGGGAAGCGGUAUGCAUAGUAGUUAGUAAUACGAACAGCCAUCUCUGCUCGAAUGUACGCUUUG